CGAAGAGUGAAUUGAGGUGAGGUAUCGAUGGCGGGGACCGACCCUGCCGUUGUACCUGACGUGGCGCUUAUGUCGGGUCACGUGAGGAGAGCGGUGCAAACAUACUUCGACAUUCAGCCCUACCACUGCCUGGCACCUGGCUUUCACUCUCCCACUCUCUAUGCGACCGACUUGCUUCCUUCUAAGCUCCAACAUACGGCUCCUCUACAAAGCCUCACUGGUCCGCACGCACUCACUCGCGCAAACCUACCGCGUCUUCUACCGCACCAUGGAGCGCCCCGAACCUCUCCCCCUCUCAGAAAUCCCCACCCUGUCUCUCCUCUACAAGCUCAAGAAGCUCGCCGCGGACCCCGACGCCGACAGUGCAGAGCUUCCAGCGCCCUCUGCUACCUUCAACGACAAGAUUUCCGUCAUCCGCCAUGACAUCACUCUACUCGCAAUCGACAGCAUCGUCAACGCCGCCAACGAAUCGCUAAUGGGCGGGGGUGGUGUUGAUGGUGCAAUUCACUGUGCCGCGGGGCCGGAUCUCCUAGACGAGUGCGAGACCCUCGACGGCUGCCCGACUGGCUAUGCCAAAAUCACAGACGGCUACGAGCUACCAGCGAAGAAGGUGAUCCACGCCGUAGGGCCGCGAUACUGGGCAUCAAAGAGGGAAGGAGCUGCUGAGGAGCUGCUGGCAGGAUGCUACUGGCGCAGCUUAGAGCUCGCAGUGGAGAACGACUUGAAGAGCAUAGCGUUCAGCGCGUUGAGCACAGGCGUAUACGGCUAUCCGAGUGGGGAGGCCAGUGAGGUUGCGCUAGCUACUGUGCGGAAAUUCUUGGACGAGGGCAAAGGGGACAGUUUGGAGCGCGUCAUCUUCUGCAACUUCAUGGAGAAGGACGAGAAGGCCUACUUGGCCAAUAUCCCUCUCGUGUUUCCCCCAGUCGUCCCGGAAGAGAAGCAGGAAGAUACCGAGAAGACAAUAGAGGAUACCGACUUAGCUUCAAAGCUGCCAGAUGCUCCCACAACCGAGCCUGCGGAGGAGGGAGAGCCAGAGCCAAAAAAACAGAAGGUGUCUUCUGAUUCCGCCGUAGCGCCUGUUUCCAAGGAAGCUGCCGAGACAGCGAGCGAAGCAACAUCGAAGACCGGCGAUGCGGACAGCAAAACAUGAUUCAAGUUUUUAUUCAAUCAGAAACGUCCGACCAAGUAGGGGAUGAAUGAAGAUACCCAAAGCAUUGUCAAAUUGCACACUAGGUAACGAAACUUUCCUUGCGGACACGGUUUCAUUGAUAAUAUGUCUUUAUGAAGGCGGGCUAAGUGUUGUACAUAACUCCCAAUCAUGAAUUUUUUUUAGAUGGUGUGUAUAUGACACUGCCAGGCA